AUGGAAACCUUGCAGUUGUUCGACAGCCUGACUGAACAGCCCGAUCCCGAGAGGUCCAAUUCGCUCGAACGCUGGCCCAUACUUCGCAACCUAUCACGGAACGAAUUCGUGCAUGACAAGACCUUCAAGGAGUUUCAAUACUAUUACUGUGAGGAACAUCCUGACAUACUGGUCGCACACAAGUUCGAGAAUGUUGGAUUUGGUGAGAUGGUCGUUAUACGAACAUGUUGGUCUUCUGACCCAUCUAUUGCGAUGCAGUAUGGAGGGAACCUCCAUCGCGGCGCGUGGGUGGGGGAUCGGUUAGACAUCGUGCCUGAGGUCGAGUUCGUGGCGGCCAAUAAGGAAGGGAAGUGGAAAGAUGCGAGCGGGGAGAUGUUGGCAGAGCUUCUCGCAGUAUGGGAGUCUGAGUACGCUGAAUGA